AUGAUUGCUAUUGCACGUGCUAGUGAAGAAAAGCAUCCUCUCGGAGUCACUUAUCAAAUUGCGGAUGUCCUUAAUUUAACUGCGCCUGAAAAAAAAUUUGAUUUCGUUGUCGCUGCCUAUUUACUUAAUUAUGCUAAGACAGCUGAUGAACUUGAUAGAAUGGUGCAAAUUAUUAGUGAGCAACUCAAGGAUGAUGACAGUGCUUAUUUUCUUGGUGUCAACGCUAAUGUACGUUGUACUGAAUACAUUGUUAAUAACGAUGUCUAUCGCAGUUUUGGCUAUUGGUUUGAAGCCCAGGUUCCAUUAGAGAACGGAGCGGAAAUUAAAAACAAUGUUUAUAGUCCGGACGGGUCGAUUCUUUCAUUCAUAACCUAUUAUCUUUCGCCCAGCAUUUAUGAACAAGCAUUUCAGAAAGCUGGCUUCAAAUUCUUCAAAUGGGUGCCUAUGGAUGCUGUACGCAACACGGAACCACGCAAGGAAUCUCCAAAAUAUCAUCCUAUAAUCGGAAUUUUAGCCCACAAAUGA